AUGGUACUGCAAAGUGUGGUUGUGAUCAAAGAUAGUUGUAGAGAGAUCAAUUCAAAAGUUUUUCAUUGGGCCCCUAAUGGAUUAUCACUAAUGGCUGGAGAUAACCUCACUCUUGUUGUAGUUCUUCACCAGAUUAUCACUCCUUUGGGAUGCAAAAUCAGUGUGGAUAGUAGGUCAGCAUUUGGUGCAAAUCAGAAGAUUAUUGAGGCAGAAGUUCAAAAAAAGAAAAACGAGUAUAGGAAAAAUGAAGAACUUGCUCAUAUUUUUGAACUUUAUAAAACAAUGAAGGUUGGAUUUCAUAUAGAAGUAGCUAUGGGGUCUUCACCUAAGGCUGUUGCAUUAAAAUCAGCCACAAAGCUAAAGGCUACUUGGUUGAUACUAGACAGGAAAAUGAAGAAUGAUGAGGACUACUUUCUUAAAAAGCUUUCUUGUGGCAUAUCAAGAAUAAGAAGUUUAGAUAGAAUUGUACGAAUAAGAGGUCCGAUAGACGCGGCUCAACAGAAAAGAUCAUACAGAAGCUCUGAAACAUUUGGUGAUAGUUUACCACCAUAUGAGUUUUCGAUUAAUUCUGAGUUUUUCAGUAUUGAUAAUUUCUCGAAUAGUAGUGUAAGGUAUGGUAUGUAUGAUGAUCAAGGACAGAGACAAAAGAAGCCAUUGGAAGAAAACAGACACAAUGAGCAGGAGAGGGUCAUAAAACAGAAGGAAGAGUUUCAAGAGAACAACAAAAUAGAAGAACAUGAAAGUGAAAGAUAUUUGUAUUCAGGUGGAGCAAGAAACUUUUUUCUUGGAGGGGCUGAAAAUUACACAAUAUCUGAGCAUUUUUUCAAGUUUGAUUAA